UUGCUUUACCAGUGCUGUGUUGCAAAUCAGUCUAAAACUUCCCUGACUGGGGCCAACGCGCAGGAGUUGCAGCCUCCCAUGAAGGCGCUGCUGAGAGCCUGCGUCGUGCUGCCCAGAGCGCGUCGGCUGGCCGGUCACCCACAAACAGCGAGGGCUGGCGUCCGCGAUGAAUCUUCAAGUCACGAGUGUAACCAGCGCAUGAUUCUCCUUUAUGGUGUUGGUAAGGAGCGUGAUGAAGCGAGGCAUCAGCUGAAGAAGAUUACCAAAGACAUCCUCAAAAUUCUGAAUAAGAAGAGUACUACUGAAAUGGGUGUUGGGGAUGAAGGGCAAAAAGCCAGGAAGACCAAACAAGAAGCGUUUCCAACCCUAGAGACCGUGUUCACAAAACUACAGCAACUGUCCUAUUUUGAUCAACAUCAGGUGACAUCUCAGAUCUCCAGUAACGUUCUCGAACAGAUAACUAGUUUUGCCUCAGGAACUUCAUAUCAUCUUCCCUUGGCUCACCAUAUACAGCUCAUCUUUGAUCUCAUGGAGCCAGCACUGAAUAUCAAUGGACUUAUAGACUUUGCAAUACAGCUGUUGAAUGAGCUGAGCGUUGUGGAGGCAGAGCUGCUGCUGAAGUCGUCCAGCCUGGCCGGAAGCUACACGACAGGGCUGUGCGUCUGCAUCGUCGCCGUUCUGCGGCGAUACCAUGCCUGCCUCAUCCUCAACUCAGAGCAAACCGCACAAGUCUUUGAAGGGUUGUGUGGGGUGGUAAAGCACGUCGUUAAUCCCUCAGAGUGUUCCUCCCCAGAGAGGUGUAUUUUAGCUUACCUCUAUGAUCUGUACGUGUCCUGCAGUCACCUGAGAAGCAAGUUUGGAGACCUCUUCAGUAGUGCCUGUUCUAAGGUGAAGCAAACGAUAUACAGCAAUGUUCAGCCUUCAAAUUCCAAUUUACUGUGGGACCCGGAGUUCAUGCUAGAUUUUAUCGAGAAUCCUUCUGCUCACAGCAUUAACUACUCAAUGCUGGGCAAGAUCCUGAGCGAUAACGCAGCCAACCGCUACAGCUUUGUCUGCAAUGCACUAAUGAAUGUGUGCAUGGGGCACCAGGACGCAGGGAGGAUUAAUGACAUAGCAAACCUUUGCGCAGAGCUGACGGCAUGCUGCACAGUGCUCAGCUCAGAGUGGUUGGGGGUCGUAAAAGCUCUUUGCUGCUCCUCAAAUCACGUCUGGGGUUUCAAUGAUCUGCUCUGCAGUGUGGAUGUGAGCGACCUGUCGUUCCACGAUUCCCUGGCCACUUUCAUCGCUGUGCUGAUUGCCCGGCAGUGCUUUUCUCUGGAAGAUGUAGUUCAGCAUGUUGCAUUGCCUUCUCUUCUUGCAGCUGCCUGUGGAGAUCCGGAUGCUGAGCCUGGGGCGAGGAUGACCUGUCGGCUACUCCUGCACCUCUUCAGGACACCCCAGGUCUGCCUCUUUCCCCAGGGAGCAGGGAAGUUAUUUCCUGGAAUUCGUUCUUCCUGUGAUCGUCACCUCUUGGCUGCUGCUCACAACAGUAUAGAAGUGGGAGCUGUGUUUGCAGUCUUAAAAGCAAUUUUGAUGCUUGGUGACGCAGAAAUUGGCAGCAACAGUGUCAGCUCCUUGAAGAGUGAAGACUUCCAUAUGAGAGGCUUAUUAGAUGAACUCAAUGAGGAUGAAAUCUGGGGUUCCUCUCACACUUUGAAAUCAUGUGGAAAAGCUGUUUCCAUAGAAACCGCUAGUUUAAGCGAGUAUGCUAGAUACGUGCUAAGAACAAUUUGCCAACAGGAAUGGGUUGGAGAGCACUGUUUAAAAGAACCUGAGAGGCUGUGCACAGACAAAGAUCUUAUUUUGGAUCCUGUUCUUUCAAACAAACAAGCACAGAAACUCCUUCAACUUAUCUGUUACCCUCAUGGCGUUAAAGAGUGCACGGAGGGUGACAACCCUCAGAGGCAGCACAUCAAACGCAUACUUCAGAAUUUAGAUCAGUGGACACUCCGGCAGUCUUGGUUGGAGCUGCAACUAAUGAUCAAACAGUGCAUGAAGGAGCCUGGUUCUGGGUCUGUGGCUGAAAUGAACAGCUUGUUGGAUAAUAUUGCAAAGGCGACAAUAGAGGUGUUUCAGCAAUCCGCUGAUCUAAACAAUAACUCUUCUAACUCUGGUAUAGGCCUCUUCAAUCCAAACUCUGUUGGAAAUGCUGACACAAGUAAUACAAGACAGAAUGGUAAAAAGACAUUCCUAAGUUCCUCUGAGCGGCGAGGAGUGUGGCUGGUGGCUCCCUUGAUUGCAAAACUGCCUACCUCAGUUCAAGGUAGGGUCUUGAAAGCUGCAGGAGAGGAGCUGGAGAAAGGUCAGCAUUUGGGGUCAUCUUCUAAGAAGGAAAGAGAUAGACAGAAACAAAAAAGCAUGUCUCUCUUGAGUCAGCAACCUUUCCUUUCAUUGGUACUUACUUGCCUUAAGGGGCAGGAUGAGCAACGGGAAGGGCUUCUAACAUCACUGCAGAAUCAAGUUAAUCAGAUCCUUAGUAACUGGAGGGAAGAACGGUACCAGGACGAUGUUAAAGCUAGGCAAAUGAUGCAUGAAGCCCUACAACUUCGUCUUAACUUGGUAGGUGGCAUGUUUGACACUGUGCAGAGGAGUACCCAGUGGACCACAGACUGGGCACUUCUGCUCCUCCAGAUAAUCACUUCAGGAACUGUUGAUAUGCAGACCAACAACGAAUUGUUCACAACCGUGCUUGAUAUGCUGGGCGUCCUCAUCAACGGGACGCUUGCCUCGGACUUGUCGAACGCUUCCCAAGGAGGGCCUGAGGAAAACAAAAGGGCUUACAUGAAUCUGGUGAAAAAAUUAAAAAAAGAGCUGGGAGACAAGCGGUCAGAAAGCAUUGACAAGGUUCGCCAGCUGCUCCCUUUGCCAAAGCAGACGUGUGACAUUAUUACUUGUGAGCCCAUGGGAUCCUUGAUCGACACCAAGGGGAACAAAAUUGCAGGAUUUGACUCCAUUGAUAAGAAACAGGGUCUUCAGGUUUCAACAAAACAAAAGGUGUCCCCUUGGGAUUUAUUUGAAGGUCACAAAAAUCCUGCUCCUCUCUCCUGGGCAUGGUUUGGUACAGUUCGUGUCGACAGGAAAGUGAUAAAAUAUGAGGAGCAGCAGCAUCUCCUCCUGUACCACACACACACCAAGCCCAAACCACGGAGUUACUACCUCGAGCCCUUGCCCCUUCCUCCAGAGGAGGAGGAGGAAGAGCCCACCACACCUGUCUCUCAGGAACCAGAAAGAAAGUCAGGAGAGCUCUCGGAUCAGGGAAAACUUGUCAUGGAUGACGAGAAGAAGACAAAGGGCAGGAAACGAAAGUCAAAGUCAAGCUCAAGGGCUGAUGAAUAUCCACAGAACAGCUUAUACAGAGUGCCUCCCCCUUACUCACCGCUUUCCUCUCCGAUGAUGCACCACCCGCAGCCUGCCCUGUGGGGUUACAACGUGAUGGGGCAGCCGCAGCCUGGCUUCUUUGUGCAGAACCAGCCCCUCCCUCCAGGUGGUUCCAGGCUGGAUCCGACAGGCUCCUUUGUUCCAACUAAUACGAAGCAAGCCCUGUCGAACAUGCUGCAGCGGCGCUCCGGCACCAUGAUGCAGCCCCCCUCUAUCCAUGCAAUCGCGCCUCAGCAGCAGUUGCUCCAGAUGAAACUCCUGCAGCAAGAGCAGCAGCAGCAGCGGCUCCUCAGGCAGCAAGCACAGUCACGGCCUCUCCAACAG